AUGAAAAAAUUAAUAAAUAUAAGUGCAUUUAUUGCAAUAUUUUUACCUAAUGUUAUAUAUUCAUUUUGGGAUAAUAAUAAAAUAGCAACUGUUGUAUAUGAUGAUAAUCCAAAUCAAAAUGAUAAUGAAGAUUUUCAAUACAUAUAUAUAGAUAAAAAUUAUUAUACACCUGAUAUAGUAUCAUCAGAAAUAGGAAAAAUAAAUGUAGAUAGUGAAAUAUAUUUUUAUAAAAGUUAUACAAAUAUUAUAAGUUAUUUUAAAUAUCAACCUCCUGCAAACAUAAAAUUUCAGUUUAAAUAUAAUGACGGUAAUUUAGUUAUUUUAAAAAAUAGCAAAAAAGGAAUAAUAUGUAAAAUCUCUGAUAUAUUUUAUAGUGAGUCAGGUCUUAAUAUUUUUAUGAGAAAUAAAAGUAGUAAUAAAAAUAAAUCUAUUAAAUAUGAAAAAUUUUCUGUAAAAGUAUUACCAGAUUGGGGGAAUGGUCAUUCUAUAGAAGAUGAUAAUAAGAAUCCAGAUUUGAUAGAUGAAGAAUUUCAAGAAGAUGAUGAUUCAGAUGAUGAAGAUAAUGAUCAUACUAAUACCACUGUAGAAAGAGGUUCUAUAUGUGAAAUUGGUGGUGAUAAAUUUAUAUCUGAAAAAUUAUUAUGUUUUCCUUCAAUAUAUAAUGAUAAUCAAAUUAGAAUGAGCUUUUUAAAAGAUGCAGAAUACAAUAGAUUAUCUAUAGUAAAUAAUAAACUUAUAACUAAAAGUGGUUACGAAUUAAUUGAAAAAAUUAAAACACAUUUAAAAAAUGUUUCAAAUAUUAAUUUGGAUGUAAAAAAUAUUUUAUAUUAUAUUUAUGUGAAAACAACAAAUUGUAAUUUAAAAAAAACACUUUUAUUAAGUAUGGGUUUAGAAAAUGAUAAAGAUAAAAAUGAAAAAAAUGAUAAAUAUAGCAUACAUAAUAUAUUUGGUGGUGGAAAUAAUGAUAGUGAAAAAAAUUUAUUAGGAAAAAAUAUUUUUGAUUAUACAGAUGAAGAAAUUGAUCAACAUAACAAAUUUUUAACUAAUGAACAAUCAUAUAAUGUACAUGAAAAUAAUAAUUUUUUAAUUUGGAAACAUACAAAUGAAGAAUAUAUAAAAAUAAAUUAUGAAGAAUGUAAUCGUAUAUUAAUUAGUGAAGGAGAACUUUAUAAUUGUUUUGGUAAUUUAGAAAAUGUUUAUGAAAUAAAAGUAUCUAAAGAAAAUAUUAUAGAUAAAUUAAAAAAAAAAAAAAUAAAAAAUAUAAGUUCUAUAAAUACGUAUACAGCUUAUUAUUAUGAUAAAAUAAAUUAUUUAGUAAUAUUACAAGAUUAUAAAUUAUAUUCAUUUUUUAAAUUAGAUAAUGUAUUAGAUUUUGUUCUUUUUAUUGGUAUGAAUAAUCAUAUACAAUUUUAUUAUAUAUCAAAUAAUAAUAAUAAUGAUAAAAUACUAAAUAUAUAUCGUUGUACAGCACAUCACCUUGUUAGAUGUGAAUGUAUAUCUACUAUACCAAAUGAAAAUAAAGAUAAUGAAUAUGAAAAUCAUAUUUAUAUAUCAACAUCACAAAAUAGAGAUUCAAGAGCUGUAUAUGUUAGUACUCGAAAUAAAAUAUGGUCAAUAAAAAUAGAUGAUUUGUCUCGUUAUGGGGAUAGUAGUAAAUAUGUAUAUACAAGAAAAGUUAUUGAUUUAGUCGAAAAUUCAAGUAAAGAUUAUUUUGGAAAUAUAGCGUGUUAUACUAUUAGAACUAGACAAUUUGCAAGUCUUUUUACACAAUAUUUUAAUUUGAAACAUCGAAAUGAUGAAACAGUAGGAUGUUCAUAUUUGAAACAUUUUAACGAUCAUGGAAAUAUACUUUUAGUAUCUUUUGUUGAAAAUGUAAAUUUUGUCCAGCGUACUUAUCAUAUAGUAAGAAAUAAAAAUUAUGUCCUUUCUACUGGGGAUAUUAUUUUAGAUAUAAAAAUAAAUGGUUUUAAUGAUUUAAUCCUUAUUAUUGCAUUUAUUGUUUGUAUAAUUGUAAUAAUAUGUAAUGUAUUUAGACACCUUUUCCCCAACAAGUACAAGAUACACAAAAUGGAACAUGAUUUCUUUUCCAAUUCGAAAAAUAGUUGCCCAUCCACAGUAGGUGAAUAA